UCUGUCAGGAGCGUCGGUGAGGGGGAGCGGCCGGUCUCUGGAGGUUUCUGCUGGCUCUAAAGGUGGCGGCCCUGUGUGGAGUCUGAGGAGCCGUGAUAUCCUGCUGCUUGUCCGCCUUUCCCUGAAGAGGAGAGAGGGCGCCGGUGUCACUGGAAGCCUGCACGAGGGUGAACACAAGGACGCCUGCGGAGAAGAUCCAGAGAUAGAGAAUGGCAGACCUGGAGCUUAUGGACGCACUGACGGACGCCCCGCCGCAGAUUGAGCCCGACAUCAAGCGGGACUUUAUCAGCUCGCUAGAGGCGGAGCCUUACGAUGACGUCAUCGGGGAGAAAUGCGAUAAAACGGACUACAUUCCGCUAUUGGAUGACGAUGAAGCCGAUGGCCCUGGUGAAAAACGCUCAGCUGAAGGCAGCCAUCCCUCAGUGGUAGAGAACGGAGAACACAACAUGGCAGAUAUUGGUGUAUCAGAUCCGUUUGGAUCAGCUGGCGAUGAAGACGUCUUGACAGAUUUCCUCCUCCCUCCAGAAGUACAGAUCUGCCCUGCCUUCCCCGGGUCCACUGAAGCCGCCUUUAAUGAAGGAUGGCUGACCGAUUCCUACUCGAAAUCCGGAGACACGGACACACAGAGCGCCGACGCUUCGGAGAAGACCUCUGCUACAUUUGGGGAAACUCCAAGUGACGAAUCUGACAAAAAUUCAUUUCAAGUCCAUCAGAGCGACACUACUUCACAUAUAUGGCAGCCGACGAAGGAGGAGAAGAUAGCGCUCAGUCCUUACAGUCCAGAACAUGAAGGACUGAAAUCCGAGGAGUUUGACGAGGCUUCUUGUACAGAGAGUCAACUUCUCCCCGGAUUGGGCAGCACUUAUCUGGAACCACAAGACGAAGAUGAGUUUCCAAAUCCUUAUUCAUACGACCAGGAGAUAACAUCUACAUCCACUGAGACCCCCAACCCAACCACUGGUAAUAAUGUACAGGAAAGUAGUCAGGACGAAGCUGUCCCCGUCCUUCAGUCUGUGGAAUGUGAUCAAUCUAAAGAAGAACUUGGUGCAGAGCAGGUGACUCCUCAGACCAGUAUUGAGCCCCCUCCAUCCCCUGCCGCUCAGAGUUCUGCAGAUACCCCUGUAUCACCUGUUGAAUUGAUCCACAAAAAUACUCCGGUUUCCGCUGCCAAUCAGUUCCCGGCAGAAAUUCUUGGUGAAUUCCAUGAAGAAGCAAGUCCAGCUUUCCCUGCUGCACUAGACCUGGAAAACAAUGCUCCAGCCUCCCCUGCUUCUUUAGACCCGGAAACUGAGUCUCCAGCCUCCCCUGCUGCAAUAGACCUUGAAAAAGAGUGUCCAGCCUCCCCUGUUGCUUUAGACCCGGAAACUGAGUCUCCAGCCUCCCCUGCUUCUUUAUACCUUGAAAAGGAGUCUCCAGCCUCCCCUGCUGCAAUAAACCUUAAAAAAGAGUCUCUACUCUCCCCUGCUGCAUUAUACUUUGACAAAGAGUCUCCAGCCUCCCCUGCUGCAUUAUACCUUGAAAAAGAGUCUCCAGGCUCCCCUGCUGCAUUAUACCUUGAAAAAGAGUCUCCAGGCUCCCCUGCUGCAUUAUACCUUGAAAAAGAGUCUCCAGCCUCCCCCGCUGCAUUAUACCUUGAAAAAGAGUCUCCAGCCUCCCCUGCUGCAUUAUACCUUGAAAAAGAGUCUCCAGCCUCCCCUGCUGCAUUAUACCUUGAAAAAGAGUCUCCAGCCUCCCCUGCUGCGUUAGACCUGGAAACAGAGUCUCCAGCCUCCCCUGCUGCAAUAAACCUUGAAAAAGAGUCUCCAGCCUCCCCUGCUGCCUUAGACCUGGGAGCAGAAGCUGUGACUUCCCCAGUUGCAUUGGUCCAGUUGGAGGAAGUUCCAGCUUCCCCCUUUGUAUUAGCCGAGGAACCAUUGAUUCCUGUUUCUCCCGUUGCUUUGGUCCAGGAAGCGGCUGCUCCAUCCUCCCCUAUUGCAUUGAUUCAGGAAGAGGUUUCAGCUUCCCCCGUUGCAUUGGUCCAGGAAGCAGAAGCCCCGACCUCCCCUGUUGCACUUGUCCAGGAAGCGGAAGUUGCAACCUCCCCUGUUGGAUUGGUCCUUGAAGCAGAAGUUCCAGCGUCCCCUGUUGCCUUAGUCCAGGAAUCCGCGACUCAGGCCUCCCUUAAUGCGUUAACCAAGGACGUAGAAGCUCCUGCCUCACCUGCUGCAUUAAACGAGGAAUUGGAGACCCCAUCUCCCCUCACUGCUUCAGUCCAGGAAGAGUUGGCGUCACCAACAGAAGGAAGCCACCAACCUGAAGCACCACCUGUAAGAGAUGAUCUUCAACAUCUUGGAGACCAAGUGCCUCUAAAGCAAAGCUCUUCCAAAACCAGUGACCGGCGGCCGGGCAGAGUGAAAACUGCUUUAGCGCCAGUUUCGGACACUCUUCUAGAGUCUGGCCUUGCCAGUCCAAAUCCGCAGUCACCUUCUGCCCAACCUGGUGAUUCUGAAUCAUUGGCCUCUAGAGCCAAAGCAUUGCAUAUAAAAGCCCACGAUAUGAUGGAAAGCCGAAGGGAAGCCGCAAGAGAAGUGGGCGAUCCGGAUGGCGUCCAAACAUCCCUAAAAAAGAAAAAGAAGAAACCAAAGCAAAGGAAAACUUUUGCAUCCAAAGAAAUGGAGUUUGAGGAGGAUGCAUUGACUAGAACUGGCAGUGAGGCUUUGUACACGAGUGCGGGGCAGAUGGGACACGUGGAGCCACUUACAAGACAAGACCAUCUGUUUGAGAAACCUCUGGGUAUUGCUAAGAGAGAGACUCGAAGUGCAGCAAAUGGCUCCUUGCCUGCCACUAAUCUUGCCGUAGCCAAGAGUACCCCGGAGAGCUCUGCGGAGAGGGAAGGUGACUUGACCUUGUGUUCUCCAGAGAAGCUAAUGGCAGCUCCACGAAACAUUGAUUCUCCCUCCAUCAGGCCUUUUAAAGCCCCACCUGGCGACCAAGUAGAUAAAAGCUUUUUCGAUGCACCGCCUUCCCUCAUGGGAGAAAGUGGGAAACCUGACGCUCCUGUGGAGGCUAUCUUUGGAAUUGCUGACACAGAUGUCAGGAAAUGCCCUUAUUUGCAUCCUGAAAUGUUGCUCUCAACUUCGGAGAAGACACCGAAAGUUUCAUCGAGAAGAGAUGAAGGCAAGGAGAGUGCAAGCGAGCACUUCGCUGAUGCAGGGGCCGGAACGGUAAAGUGGGACAAGCCUAAAAAGAGGGAUAAGCGAGUUGGCAGCUAUAGCCGUGGAGGGCAUGUAAAGGAUCCAAAACAUUGGCAGAAGGGUUUAGACGACCUUGAACCGGAGGUGUCGGCUGGUAUUAUACCGAUGGGACUGCCACUGAAUCCCGAACAGGAGCGUUCACCUCUUGUAAUACCACUAGAUGACCUGCAAAAACAGAGAGAACAGAAGAUUAAAGGCAAGAAUGUAAAUAAAACUGUUCGUACCGACACCACAGAACCCCUGGCUGUUGGCUGUGGUUAUGGCCUAGACCUUAAGGAGGUGUCCAGAGAUUUGUUGGUAUCUGAAGAGGAGAUAUGGGGGCCAUAUAAUGAUGUUCUGCUGCCCAGCAAUGAAAGGGACAGUAGUGCUGGUUCUUUACCACCCAGGCACCCAGUAUCUACUGAGGGCAUAUACAAAGAGGAUGUCCCCUGUAAGCCUUUGUCACUUACAGAUACUGUGCUUGGUUUAGUAAUGGGAUCUGUAGAGCCCAAAAUAAGUCUGCUUAAUCCAGAAAGUGAGUCUGAGGGAGUCCUUACAGAUCCCACUCAAGGGACAAGGACUGACACAGUUCUGGAUAGCAAAGUGUCUACUCCAGAAGUAAAGCCUGACACAAGCAAUGAAGGCAAAGGGCAUGUUCCAGAAAGUGGGUCUGUUACAGUCCUGAGCUCUAAAGAGUCCCUUUUAGAGCACCGGUGCAAUACUGUCCUGGAUGGCAAGCCUGCCAAUCCAGAAAGUAGUCCUAGUCCAACCCUGGCCUGCAGUGAGCCUAUUCCUGCUGUAGUCCAGGGCAGUGAAAAGCCUGGCAAGCUGCUGGGAGGCAUAGAAUGUGUUCCAAAAAGUAAACCAGAUAGAGUUCUGGAUAGCAAGGAGUCAAUUUCAGAAACUAAACCGCUUACAGUUUUAGAAGAUAAAGGGACCAAGGCUGACACGACCCUGGAUGGUAAAGAGCUGCUUUUAGAUGGUAAGUCUGUCCUGACCAGCAACAAACCUGAUGCAGAGCCAAGCCACAAAGCUCCUAAAAACGAGGCAUGUAUUGUCUUGGACAGCAACAAACCUGCUCUAGAAGGAAAGGCUGAUGCAGAGCCAAGCCACAAAGCUCCUGAAAAUGAGGCAUGUAUUGUCUUGGACAGCAACAAACCUGCUCCAGAAGGAAAGGCUGAUGCAGAGCCAAGCCACAAAGCUCCUGAAAAUGAGGCAUGUAUUGUCUUGGACAUCAACAAACCUGCUCCAGAAGGAAAGGCUGAUGCAGAGCCAAGCCACAAAGCUCCUGAAAAUGAGGCAUGUAUUGUCUUGGACAGCAACAAACCUGCUCCAGAAGGAAAGGCUGAUGCAGAGCCAAGCCACAAAGCUCCUGAAAAUGAGGCAUGUAUUGUCUUGGACAUCAACAAACCUGCUCCAGAAGGAAAGGCUGAUGCAGAGCCAAGCCACAAAGCUCCUGAAAAUGAGGCAUGUAUUGUCUUGGACAGCAGAAAACCUGCUCCAGAAGGAAAGGCUGAUGCAGAGCCAAGCCACAAAGCUCCUGAAAAUGAGGCAUGUAUUGUCUUGGACAGCAACAAACCUGCUCCAGAAGGAAAGGCUGAUGCAGAGCCAAGCCACAAAGCUACUGAAAAUGAGGCAUGUAUUGUCUUGGACAGCAACAAAUCUGCUCUAGAAGGAAAGGCUGAUGCAGAGCCAAGCCACAAAGCUCCUGAAAAUGAGGCAUGUAUUGUCUUGGACAGCAGCAAACCUGCUCCAGAAGGAAAGGCUGAUGCAGAGCUAAGCCACAAAGCUCCUGAAAAUGAGGCAUGUAUUGUCUUGGACAUCAACAAACCUGCUCCAGAAGGAAAGGCUGAUGCAGAGCCAAGCCACAAAGCUACUGAAAAUGAGGCAUGUAUUGUCUUGGACAGCAACAAAUCUGCUCUAGAAGGAAAGGCUGAUGCAGAGCCAAGCCACAAAGCUCCUGAAAAUGAGGCAUGUAUUGUCUUGGACAGCAGCAAACCUGCUCCAGAAGGAAAGGCUGAUGCAGAGCCAAGCCACAAAGCUCCUGAAAAUGAGGCAUGUACUGUCUUGGAGAGCAAGGAGCCAAUUCUGAAAAGUAUGCCUGCUACAUAUGGCAAACUGUCUACUCCAAAAAAGAAGUCCAGAACUGUCCCUAGGAAUAGAGAGCGUACUCCAGAAAAUAAGCAUAGUACAGUCCCGGACAGCAGGGAGCCAGAAAAAGUCCUUGGCCUCGAUGCUUCUGCUCCAGAAAAUAAGCCUGCCUCGGUCUUGGCAGACAAGGAGGCUCUUCCAGGAAGCGAGCUCUCUUCUGUCCUGGGUAACAGAGACCUUACACCAGAAGGUAAGGAGAAUAUAGACCUGGACGGCAAAGAUCUUCAUCCAGAAAGUAAACCUGGUGCCGCCCUGGAUGACAAAGUACUGGUAGAAGAAAAUAAGCCUGUUGAUGUCGAGGACCGCAAAUCUCUGAAUGUAGAAGAUGAGCCUCAUCUGGUGCUGGAUAUGGAUAGCAAAGUGAUCAUUCCAGAAAAUAAACCUGGCACAGAGCACGUUCCUGAAAAUCAAUCUGCUACAAUCCCAGAGAGCAAAGAUCUCUUCCUGGAACCCAAUUUCUCCAGUUCUCCUGCCAUGGUGAGCCGAUCGGAGCCAAUCAUCCAGACUGGCCAGCCACUUUCACGCCCAAAAAAGGUUCAAGAUUUUGAAGACAUUUCCUGUGAGAGGCAAGUGAAAAGCAAAAAGGGCAAAGUGAAGUCAAAAUCAAGCAAUGCAAAAGGUUGGUUUGACGCUGGGGAUAGAGGCCUUCAAGUGUCUGCCUUAUCACUGCAACCAAACGACCACCCACUGGAAGCCAUUGUUUCAAGCUCUAAGAAAGCCGAACGUGGGUCGUUAAAGCGUCAUCAUAGCUCAGGGCAGAAGGGAAGUCCAGUUUUGGUAGACGCCAGGCAAUUGAUGGGGAAUGAAGGUCUUGUUAGACACGAUCAUGUAGAAGAUUCAACAAGUCAUGCUGUGGUUCCUCCUCUACUAGACUUAACUGCUAAGGAGCAGAAAGCUAAGGAGCUUCCUCAGAGACUGGACCCUGUGGAGGCAGAUUUCAGCUUUCUUUCAUCAGAUGUAAAAUGUGACCAACCAGAAGGAGAAACUCCAUUAUUAAAAGGGCUGAGUAAAGAUAUCUUGACACUUACUGGAGAAACACCACAAGACAAAUUAGAACUAAAGUCUGAUAUAAUCUUGGAGCCCAGUCUAAAUUUGACUCUUCAUUUGCCAGAGUCCUCAGGGGCUGGAGAAAUACUUGGAGCACAAGAUCAGGUUGUCCUUCAAGAAAAGUUGUCAGAUUUUCCUGUUUCUCCAGAAGAAGAGUUGCGUUUUGGCCAUACAAGUGACAUUGUUGUAAUCGAGAACCUGCAGUCUGAGGUUUCGGAGCCCCUCAUAAGUUGUUCCUUCACACCUCCACAAUUGCUUGAUGAGGAGUUCAACAUUCAAGGAGUUGCUAUUGAACCAACAACCCCUAAGUUGGAUGCCUCCAAUGAGACUUCAAGGAAGAUUGAAGAAUUUCCAGAAAAUGUACUCAACGUCUCCACAGAUGUUGUCCUAAAUGUUCCUGGAAGUGACUAUGGUUGUAAAGCAGUUCGUCAAGAAACUGAAGCUAAAAUCUUGACCACAUCACCUAAAGCUUUGACUGGAGAAGCCCCCAGAGCUACUUCUAAGACCAAAGUAAAGUCUUCAGCUCCUGGUCUGAAGGAACAUCUUCCUAUAGAGAAGGCCCCUCAGAAAAGCAAGACUGAGGAGAAAUCCAAAGCUCCCGAGGCUCUGAAGGGCUACAUGAGGCCCACUAAAGCCAGAGGUGCUGCCCAUCCAUCAGCAUCACCACCACUUUCCAGAGCCGCAGGACUUGCCGUAGAGAAAUCCAAGCGGCCAGAAAAAGGUAAAUUGGAAGCGGUCGCUGCAACAGAAGAUCCCAGAACAGGAAGUGACAUCACUGCUCCCCCAACCAAGGAGCUCCCUGCAAGUCCUGAGAAGAAAGUGAAGGCCUCAGCAGCAACUGCAACCAAAACUGCAGCAACCCCUAAAGGCAAACCCCUGGCUGCUCCCAGCCCCAAGAAACCGCUGUCCUCGACACCCAUCCAAGCUAAAAAGGCCAGCAGCCCUGCUCCGGCUGCCGCCAAUAACACCGCCACUCCAAAGCGCCCCCUGGGGAGUGCACUGAAAACUGCAACACCUAAAGAGGCAAAGCCCAAGAGCCUGGAUCUUAAGAGUCCAGUGAAUACCACAGACAAGAAGCCCCUGACCUCUGCGACUACCCCUCGCUCUGCUGUGAAGGCCAGCCCGGCGGCUUCCAAACUCGGCACCUCCACCGCUGCAAAUACCACAGGAACAUCUGCACCCAAACUCAAUGCCACCCCGAAACGACCAACCUCUCUUAAGAAUGAUGUGAAGGCGGCAGAAGCCAAGAAGACGACUUCUACAAGGUCCCCUACUGAAUUAAGUCGCCCCAAAACUGUUCCAGCUGAUUUAACGAAGAGCAAUGGACCUGCUCCAGUGAGCCCCAGCCGCCCCAAGACCAGCAAACCAGCUGCUUCCAAACCUGUUACUGGUCCCAGUGCUUCUGCAGAUGCCAAAAAACAACCUAUCACCCGCCCGGCUCCUCUAAGCAAAACCAGUACAGCUCCUGCCAGCAAGCCUUCUAGUGCCCUGGCGGCCAGCAGACCCAGUGCGGCCCCCAAACAGCCUCGUCCAGCGACGGCUCCCGACCUGAAGAACGUGCGCUCCAAGAUCGGAUCCACGGACAAUCUGAAGCAUCAGCCUGGAGGAGGGAAGCAGGUAAAAGUAGAGAAAAAGCCUGUGCCUGUCAGCACAGUUCGAAAACCUGCCCCUGCCCCAGCCGCCACUAAAGCAGCCAGCGCUAAGCCGGCAGACCCUAAAGAGACCGCGCAAAAGCAAAGCAAUGGGAAAGUCCAGAUAGUCAACAAAAAAGUCAACUACAGCCAUGUUCAGUCCAAGUGUGGCUCCAAGGACAAUAUUAAGCAUGUCCCUGGUGGUGGGAAUGUAACCAGUGCAGCCAAACCAUCCAUAGGCAGCAGCCGGCCGCCAGCGUCCACCAGCCACAAACCAGGCGGUAGCAACGUGCAGAUCUUGAACAAGAAGGUGGACGUAUCAAAAGUCUCCUCCAAGUGCGGCUCAAAACCCGGUCUAAAAGCCAAGGCGGGUGCUGCUGACGCCAAAUCGGAAUCCUCUAAAAAGACAGAAACUGAGAAGAAGGAACCUCAAGAGAACAUAAAGGAAAACGGUGGAGAGCCGAUCACACCGCCACAGGACACCGACAUAGUGACCCCCACAGACAACACGGCGGUGGACACACGGGAAAAUGGCAUACCGGAGAUGCCCCCUGUAGACAGCAGCAAUCAAAGGGAUAUCCAGAGCUUCAAUUCUCUCAUACCAGAGACAAGCAUCUAAUGAUGAAUUUGUGGUGUCGUCUUCCAUCUCUCUCAUUGUCUGAUCUCCUCCCUGUACAACUCCCAUCAUCUGUCCUUCCCACUUGUUCUCCACCCACCUCCGAAAUCGUCACACUGUUUCCCUGCAGAUUGAUGUGCCGCCCAGCUCCCGGCGAGAGAUGGACCAUGGAGAAUUCGUCUGCAACCCCCUCAAAAAACUACCCCGUUACUUCCCACGACCAUGAUCUUCAGCACUUACGACCCCUUCCCCACUCUUACUAUCCAUAGCUCGACAGACCAGCAGAGGGCUCCACCGCUACAGCCAUCAUGGCGUCCGCUACGACCGGCUCAUCCGCUGCUUACCUUCCACAGCAAGGCUUGCCCUCCUGCUCGCUGUUGUAAGCCACGGCCGGCCCUGCCGCCUUCCCCGGUGUCUGGGUUCAGUGGUUGGGUUACAGGCAGCACCCCGUCCUGGGGUUAUGGUACCUAUUUUUUAGGUUUUUCUAUGAAAUGGAUGUUUUUAGCAGCACAACCUAUACUCAUCCUGAUCAUGGCGAUGAUGACAAUCGGUGGGAGGUUCCUGCGGUUUUACAAGGCGGGAGGUAACCGGGCAGCGUAUGGUCAGUCCAUCCAGCCAGAUACCGGGAGGGGCGGCAUCCGGUCCUGGUCACCGCGCGUUGCUCUGUGACGACGUCCUCGUUACAAACCUGUGUUUAUAAUUUAAUAAUAAUAAUAAUAAAUGUUCAGUAUAUAUGUAUGUGACUCGCGACACAGGCGCUGCUGUAACCAUAGAAACCCGCAGCUCCGCGUCGCUCUACUCGCCGCUUCUGUGACGCUUGAUAUCUCAUUUCCCCGCUCCCUCACCGCUAGAAACUCUUCACAUAUCGCGAGGUCGCGUAUUUUUUUUAUUUUAUUUUUUUCCUAUUUAAUACUGUUGCAAGUUGUAUGAAGCAAGUCGGGAGAGGAAAGUUGUCAGUAUGUGAAAUCUGCGCAGGAGUGUUGUCAGAAAACGUCUUAUGGGAUGAAGGGUGAAUGCGUGGAUCUUGGGGGGAAGGCGGUCGCGGUUUCGCACCGCGUCCUCUAUGUUGGGUUGUGAAGGUCACAUGACUCGACCAAACUGUUUUAGAGCGGGAAGCGUUAGGCGAGGGAAACCAGAGGUCUCACGAUAACGGAAGAAACUUCACUCGACAUGUACGAACUGAAGGUUUAUUAAAGGUUGUUUUUGUUUUGUUUGUUUUUUGUCUUUGUACCUUCUGUGGUUUGAACUAACAUUUUACGUGCUGUGACGACACUAAAGGACUGACGUGUAAAUAAUUUAUUCUGGGGAUGCAGCCGAACAAGCAUUAUAUGGGGGGGGGGGGCGCAUAGGAAGCAGGGGAGGGGGGCUCGGGGCGGCCCUGUGUUACCCGACACCUGGACCUACACCGUUCUUAUUGCACUUGUAUUUUUAUAUAUAAAUAUAUUAAAAUGUUGCAUGAUUUCUAAUAAAAAUGACAUUAAAAUGUGACAAAAUUGCAGUGGUGUCUGGGUAAUCUUUAACUCUUUGUUUCCUGUGCUGAACUCUUCAGGAUGACACAGAAAUGGUCUGUCUUGUGUCCCCCCUUCCCCCGGCAUGGAGCACCCACCUCACUGCCUGUGUGUUCCCCUGCAUGCAUGAUCCUAGUGACAGUGCACAACCUCCUUUUAGGCCUGGACUCUCCACAGCUGUAGUUGCUGCACAGUGUUGCAGUUUAUCUCCUGGACCUUUACGGUAGUAUAUCGUCUCUGACUCUUGGUCCAGGGGGGGGAACUUUUUCCAAAACUUCUAGUUCAUUGCAGUCCCACCAAAAUGUACACAGGUCCUGCUGCUGGCUGCUAUACAGUAGACUGCCUCUAGACAGGGGGCUCCAGGGUGUAGGUGCCUCUGUUAGACUCCAUUGUGCUGUGACGGAUGUGUUGUAUAUUCCCUGUCGUCCCUGCCUCCCCCCUUACCUCUCCUGUGUUGGUAUCUUCCAGGUUUGUCCACCCCCCUCCCUCAUGGACCCCCGUGGUGUGUACCAGUAUAUAUCACGGCCAUUUAUUUAUUAUCCUGAAAUCUUCACACCCUCGGCCUGAGGUUUUAGUUAUGAGAUGUGAUGACGGUGGGCAUCGGGGUACCCCACUCGCUGUCCUGUAGGGUGGCACUGCAAUUUUGUUCCAUACGUUUUUUGUUUUUUUAUGUUGAAGCUUGUACUAAUUGAUAGGAUCCUUGAUAAAGAGCAUUUCCUGGGAAAGCUGGUUGAGGUGGCCGCACACUGCUUUUCCAGGCUUCUUUCCUAGGGAUUGGGAGACUACCCCUGUGGUAGAUGCAGUGUUGGUGGUCACCCAGCUUUCCCAGGUAGUGAUAUGACUGCAUGAAGUUGCUCACAUGAAAUAAGAGGAUUCUCAAGGGUUUCUAUUUACUGGGGAUUUAAUUAUCUGUCUUAAGGCACUUGUCAUAGCGAUGUCUGUUCUGUAUAGGGCUCUGUGUUUAGGCAACGUUCCUCCUUGUCCUUCAGGACCCCGGCUCCAGCUGCGUCCUGGGGGGGGCUCUGUACAUAUCUGUCCCUAAUACAUGUCAUUGUCCAGCUCUGGUGAAUGUGCUCACUUCUUAACAUGUGUGAGGUUGCACUAUAGUAGUUCCUCCCCUUAGGGCCCGAGCUCUCGAGGCCACGCCAUGUGACGGAUCGUGGUGAUUUCUGCUCACUAAGUGCCAAAUGUCUGAUCGAACGAGAACCCCCUGCUCGUCUGGAAACGGUCUAGAAUGGCGGGGGGGCUGGGAGACCUCAGAGGAGGUUACUGAGGUCUGUCUGACUUUGUAACUUUGCUUAAAGGGGUUGUCUGAGUUAUGAAAAAUAUAUAUAUAUUCUGAUGGGCAGCAAUAUAUAGCUAAGCUAAGCAUUUGUCUCCUUACUGCCUGCAGCUACUCAGUAAAGCCUUCUGCCCCGAGUCUGUGCAGCUGAAGGAGUUAAUGUUUUUCCUCAAGAAUCCAUGGAGAGAGCAGACAGCUGCAGCUGGCAGUGCAGGGGGGCGUGUCCAGCACAGUCAUCUGCUCUCUCAGGCUUGUGCAGGAAACAUCAUCAGAGCAGGGAGAGAGGCUGACAUCACAGGUCAUGUGACCCUGAGUGAAAUCUGAGAAAGCCACAACUGGAGCUAAAGGAAGUGAAUUGUGAAGUCCUUACAUUUACCUAGUUAAAAACCUACAAAGAACAAAAAAUUAACUUGGACAACCCCUUUAAUUUUAUAUUGUCUUAGACUCCAGCCACUUCUAGAGCUGCAUCCAAGUCCUGUGUGUUGAUGGGCAGGGGUGUACACUUAAAUUUUGGAGGUAGUUCAUUGUUCCAUUUAUCAGCACAUGCUAUGAAUGAGCAUUGGGGGGAGGGGGGGCAGCAGUGAGAGCAUGCAGCUGUGGAACCAAAUGGGAAUUGGCUUGAUUGUAAAUGCAGCUUUGGGGGUGAUUGGAGUACAAGAGAAGUAGAUGAUGGAUGUGAUAAUGCUGCUUGUCACUUCUGCAGACAGAGGUCCAUGUUUUUAGGUUUUGAUGCAUCUCUUCUCCGUGGUUCACUGCAGCUCCUCUGUAUGUGGUCUCUGUAGAGUGACAAGCCCCUGGACUUUUCACGGACCCUCACUGAUGAUAAUCAGGGGUCAUACCUGGAAUCCAUUGUUUCUAUGCAGACCCCCAAAUCAUUGCGAGAUUGCAGCUCACCCCACUUCAGUGGCGGAUCAGGCAGCCCAUAAAGUGCGCCCCCCACUGGCCGGGAGCGGGUAGCUGCAGGAUGUGACUGAAUGUUUGACAUGCUGCUGAUAGAAGCCAUGAUGGCGGCUUCCUGACUGUGCUGUUCCCGCUUCUUGCUCUAUACUGAUAGCAAUAUUCUCUCCUCCACAUCGUGGAACUUUCUAUUGUAAAAGGUUGAAAUAAAAGCUUCUAGAUGUGAAA